GAGAGGAGUCGCUCACAAUUUUUGUGGACAAACGGAAGCUGAGCAAAAGGUCUGAAGGAAGUGAUUCCAGUACCAACAGUUCUUCAGUCACUCUGGAGACGCUGCAUCAACUAGCUGCUUCCUACUUUAUUGACAGGGAUAGCACCCUUCGGAGACUUCACCACAUUCAAAUUGCAUCCACUGCCAUAAAGGUAACAGAAACACGGACUGGUCCUCUUGGCUGUAGUAACUAUGACAACCUAGAUUCUGUCAGUUCUGUUCUGGUUCAGAGUCCUGAGAAUAAAAUUCAGUUACAAGGGCUUCAAGUACUUCUCCCAGAUUAUCUUCAGGAACGUUUUGUACAAGCAGCUUUGAGCUACAUUGCUUGUAAUUCAGAAGGAGAAUUUAUUUGCAAGGACAAUGACUGCUGGUGUCAAUGUGGUCCCAAAUUUCCAGAAUGCAACUGUCCUUCCAUGGAUAUUCAAGCCAUGGAAGAAAAUCUUCUUCGAAUAACUGAAACAUGGAAAGCUUACAACAGUGACUUUGAGGAUUCAGAUGAAUUCAAGUUUUUUAUGAAAAGGCUACCCAUGAAUUAUUUCCUCAACACAUCUACCAUAAUGCAUUUGUGGACAAUGGAUUCUAAUUUUCAGCGCCGUUAUGAACAACUGGAGAACAGCAUGAAGCAACUUUUCCUAAAGGCUCAGAAAAUUGUACAUAAGCUCUUUAGCCUUAGCAAGAGGUGCCAUAAACAACCCUCCAUUAGCCUGCCAAGACAAAGAACGUCAACCUACUGGCUCUCUCGCAUCCAGUCUUUCCUUUACUGCAAUGAGAAUGGUCUCCUGGGCAGCUUCUCAGAAGAGACGCACUCCUGCACAUGUCCCAAUGACCAGGUGGUGUGCACCUCCUUCCUGCCCUGCACAGUGGGUGACGCCUCAGCCUGCCUGACCUGUGCACCAGACAACCGCACCCGCUGCGGCUCCUGCAACACCGGCUACAUGCUGAGCCAGGGCCUGUGCAAGCCCGAGGUCGCCGAGUCCACGGAUCAUUACAUUGGCUUUGAGACAGAUCUGCAAGACCUUGAGAUGAAAUACCUGCUGCAGAAAACAGACCGACGAAUAGAAGUCCAUGCCAUUUUUAUUAGCAACGACAUGCGCCUCAACAGCUGGUUUGACCCUUCCUGGCGGAAGCGCAUGUUACUCACCUUGAAGAGUAACAAGUACAAGUCCAGUCUCGUCCACAUGAUCUUGGGUCUCUCUUUACAGAUUUGCUUAACUAAAAACAGCACCUUGGAACCAGUGUUGGCUGUUUACGUGAAUCCCUUUGGGGGCAGCCACUCCGAGAGCUGGUUUAUGCCUGUGAAUGAGAACAGUUUUCCAGACUGGGAACGGACUAAACUGGACCUACCCCUGCAGUGUUACAACUGGACGCUGACGCUGGGGAACAAAUGGAAGACAUUUUUUGAGACAGUACACAUCUACCUGCGGAGCCGCAUCAAGUCAAACGGCCCCAAUGGCAACGAGAGCAUUUACUACGAACCUCUGGAGUUUAUUGACCCAUCACGGAACCUGGGCUACAUGAAAAUCAAUAACAUUCAAGUGUUUGGCUACAGCAUGCACUUUGACCCUGAAGCAAUUCGGGACUUGAUUUUGCAGCUGGACUACCCCUAUACUCAGGGAUCCCAGGACUCAGCACUUUUGCAACUACUAGAGAUAAGAGACCGUGUAAAUAAACUCUCCCCACCUGGUCAGCGACUUCUAGAUCUUUUUUCUUGCUUGCUUCGUCAUAGACUCAAGCUGUCUACUAGUGAGGUGGUGAGAAUCCAGUCUGCUCUGAAGGCAUUUAAUGCCAAAUUGCCAAACACAGUGGAUUAUGACACGACCAAAUUGUGUAGUUAA